AUGAACUGCAAGGUAAAGCAAAGAAAAUUGUUAAGGAUGUGGGUUGGUUUUGCCAGAGACCAAUCUCGUUCCCCGAGCCUGCGAUCCUCGGGAAGGAAUCGAAGGCUCUGGGAUAAUCCGUUACCGGAAGCCAAGAAUCCUGGCUAAGAUUGAACCCUUAUUCUUAUCAAAAAAAAAAUUCUACCCUCCCCCUCCAGGAGAAAUUUCCUCCGUGGGGGAGUGUGUAUUUUUUCUGGAAUGACCCAAUCCAAAGAAGUAUGGUCAUGUGAGGCCCGUUUCAUACGCCGUACUUCACAUGUGCCGAAUACAUUAAAGACAAUAGAUAAUGAGCUGAAAUGCCUCAUUACCUAUUGUUUUUAAUGUAUUCGGCACAUGUGAAGUACGACGUAUGAAACGGGCCUGACAAAAAUUAAUGGUUGGCCAAUUUCCUCAUGAAUUAUCAAUGAUCAUAUAAGAAUGAAAUUUGUCAGAUUUAGUAGCUAAGUAGUGUGUCUCUAACAUUUGUUAAUCUAGAGAACCAAAGGAAAGAAUCCUAAAGUACCCAUUAGGUUUCUUCCACAAUUACCAGAGGUAUGUAUGUUAUAAGAUAUUUAUGUAUAUAAUUGUAUCCAUGAAUGCACCAUUGAAGAUGAGACUUGCAAGGCAAACUCUAGGAUCGGACAUUUUUAAUGAUCAGGGAUGGGAUCCCCCCCCAAUGAGACACCCCCUCCCCUCUACUGGAAAUGGCUGCUAGGAACAUUAUGACACUGUCUAGGUAGCUAUUUAGAUAUCUUAUAAUUUAACCAUGAAUGCACUGUAAAAGGUUUCUACUUGAUAAAUUAAAUCAUCUUGUUUGAACAGACAAAAAUACUAAAACAGCCUGGCACAUUGUAGCUUCACUUAUUAACAAAAGACUUUGGUAGUAUUGAUAGGUUGCUUGGUAAAUCUGCUGAUGCAAAACGUCUUUCCUUGUGUAAAUUGCUUGCCAUUAGAUGAAACAGGGUGCAGUAGGGCACAUUGCAACUUAAUAGGUUAAUAUAAAAAUUGCAAAAAUAAUACAUCGAAAAUAAUAUAGUUGUUAUAAUUUUAGACAAGACAGAAGCCAAAAUGGCAAGAGACUGCUCCAAUUUUCCAGUUAAGCUACAGCAAGAGUGAUGAAGAAAAACCAGGUUAGUUCAAAUAAGUUAAUUAUAUAAGAUCAACUAUCUUAAUUGCUCCUUAAACUACGGUACAAAGAAACGCGGAAAGUUCCCCAAAAAUUCGUGGUACUAUAUUUAAAUUCAGUGAAAAAUCAUGUGGACUGAUUAAAGAAAAGAGAAAGUAUGGUACAUGAGAAAGCAUAUGAACACUUUCUCAAAGUAUGUGGAAGAACGCAUGCCCAGUGCCUGGUUUUCAACACACUUUUCGGUAUUUUUUCCGCCGGUAAUAAGCGCUUUCUCGUUUAUUCACAUAUAUGAGUGGCAUUCAGCUGGUUUUCCACUAUCAAACGAUUCAAACACUCCAAGUAAUGAGUUUGAGAAGUUUAUAUUUCACCAGGUUCAGCGACAAAGAGAGGCCAUGCUCGAAGCAAGACGUGGGAAGUUGGAGGUCAAAGCAGUAACAGUACUGCGUUAUCACCGAUCUCUCCAGCUAGCUCAAAGAAACAAUCUGGAUCAACACUACAACCGUCUACAAGCGAGAUAGAGAAGCUUCAGAAGUUCAUUGGUCAAUAUUAUUAUGUAAGUGGGAAAAUUUGCGAUGAUGCGUUUUGGAUCUACCUGGAAACGAACGUGUCGUUGUCCCGUGGCCUGUAUCGGAUGUGCUGAAUUGCGUCGUUCGAAAUUCGAAACGUGUUUUAAUUUUUUUACUCAGAUAUCUUGGAAUGUGAACAGAUACUACGAAUAUACUAUCUUGUACUUGCGCUGGACUCCUGCGUUUGAAAUUUCCCAAAUACCAGCUGUGGUGUAUGGAAGAGGUUAUUUCGCUGGCCUCAGAGUGACAAAACGUAACAAAGCAACGGUUUUACUAACACUAACCCUAUUCCAAACACGAACUCUAAUCCUAACCUAACCCUACUCCAAGUUUGUUUCUAAGCCAAUCUUGAAGAAAUUUUUUUUGACGAAAUGUCAUUAUGAGUUCAGCAAAAUAACUUCUUCCGUGGUGUAUAUGUUGUCCUUACGACAUGUUAGGAAUGUUAAUACACGCCUCCAGAAAGUCACCUUGACUAUAGAACCUCGGUUUCGUGACUGAGACGUUAUGGGGUUUAGCUAAUGUCACAUGCACCAAAACGAGAUUCUAUAGCCAAUGUGACGUACUUUCUGGAGACGUGUAUUAUAAGCGCUAAGGACUGGUCUUCAAAUUAGUUUUGAAAAUCAAUCAAAAUGUCCAGUGGCAAGGUAAACUAUUUUCUCUCUUGGAAACUUGGCAAAGUAUGAAAAACGACCAUUCUGUAUGUCUGCAUUCAUUUCACAACACGACAAAGCAUGUGAACCUGAACCCACACAUACAGUAGCUCUCUUUUAAGCUAUAUAAAACAGUAAAUUUAAGCUUUUUCCGAGAGCGUUUGCUUGCUCGGCACUUAAUGAACUUCUCCCUCAACCCAUAAUCAUCGGUGGAAAAAGUAAAUUGUUUUGUUUACAGGCAAAAUGAGCGACCACCCAGCAGAUCAGAUUUUACAUGUCUACUGUGCGUUACUGGGUACAAUUCUUAACAUAACGUUAAUCGUAAACAUUUGUAUCUUUAAUAGGAUGGUCUAGAGAUAAGUAUUGAAAAUCUUUCAGAUGAAAUGCGUGAAGAUUAUUUGCUCAGUGUCAAGAAAGCCAUAGGUAAAGAAAAAUUCUCCGAGGAUGAUGAUGUUCAAUGGACCUUUCCCCUUAUAACUAAAAUUUUGAUCUAGACAAGAAUUUCAUCACAGCUUGAAAGAGCAUCACAAAAUUAGUAAUAUUCCAAAGUUUCGUUGCAAAAUGUUGUAAAAUGCGGAUAAUAUAGCCUUGCGAAAUUUGCCGUUUUUCAGUCAUUUUGUAUUACGCAUGGGAAAUUGACAGCUUGUAAUACAAAAUGACUGAAAAUUGCAAAUUUCGCAGGGCUAUAUUAUCCGCAUUUUACAACAUUUCGCAACGAAACUUCGGAAUAUUACUAAUUUGGUGAUGCUCUUUCAAGUUUCAAGCUGUGAUGAAAUUUUUGUCUAGAUCAAAAUUUUAGUUAUAAGGGGAAAUUAAGGUCCAUUCAUUGAAGUGUUUCUUGUCCAAGGACAGUUGGAGCUUGUUCUGUGCUUUGAGCCCAACGAGAGUUAUACUGAGUUUCCAAUCAGUAUCAUGAGCCACUGGCUAGCUUGGGUAUACAGUUGGUUGACACUGGGGUGGGGUGGCCCCCCCCCCACCCGCAAUAAUUUCUGAAAGCAUGUGAGUGAUGAUAGCUGAAUAACUGCAUACAAAGCUGUAAUAAUAAUUUUUCAACCACGAACAACAAAAGAUGGUCAAAUGAGCAACAGAAGGUGGUCAAAUGUUGACAAUCUAAAUCCCCCCAAAAUACUUUCCCCCACCGCCUGGGUGAAUCCUGCGUGUAAACCACAUUGCAUAAAUUGUUAUUUUUCACUUAAUUUAUUUCCUAAUUCCAUAGUCGACUUCGUUCUCAAAGAUCCUCGAGAACAGGAAGACCAGAAGAGAGACGAGACUCCAGAUUACAAAAAAGAGUAA